UGCUGGUGUUUGUACUAUGUGCGGACAGCUGUUAGUCACUGAUCUGACGCAGAUCUAUUGUACACCAGACAACUUGGAAGAAAACUUCCAGAUGCAUUUACUUAUCUGAAAUAUUUUAAUCAAUAUUAUAAUUUUCUUAUUACAGAAGGAAAGUUAAGUAACUAGCAAUGGCCACGAGUUCUUCCCGAACACUUGCUCUUCAGAGAAAUUCCUGGGAGCAGAACCGUUUCAUGGAGAAUUUAAUGACGAAAAUAUUUAGCUUCUACGACGAGCAGUCUCUAAUCGAUGUGACAUUUAAAGUUUCAAACCCAACGGCUCUAGUACCCGCGCAUCGUUUGAUACUCGCAGCAGCGAGUCCUUACUUCGAGAACUUUUUCAAUGGCAAUCAAGGCACUAAUCCAGUCAUCGAGAUAAAUGAUAUCGAUAGCGAUAUUUUUGAGCAUCUAAUAACCUUUUGUUACACCGGACAGGCUCUCAUUACCGUUAACAAUGUCACUGCCAUGCUAAAUGCUGCAAUAAUUUUGCAAUUGGACGAUGCCAUAACCAGUAGUGUGGACUACCUCAUGAUACAUAUCGAUGAAAUCACUUUACAGGGUGCUUAUGCGCUGGAGCGCGAAACGCAAUGUGAAGUUCUUAGGCAAAAAAUCAUAGAAUACGAGAUUCAGAACUUCAUGGAGAUCAGUCGAGGCGAUGAGUUUUUGAAUUUCGAUGUUGAAGAAUUGCAACGUAUUCUGGAAUCUGACAAUUUGCAUAUAACUCGUGAGGAAGAUGCCUAUGAUGCCAUAAAACGCUGGUUCAAUUACGAUGUUCCUGCACGUCAGGAGGCACUGCCACUUUUAAUAGGUUGUCUCCGGCUUCCCCAACUCAAUGUGGACUUUCUGAUGAAACACAUUCAGCCGUUACCUGGAUGUGAGCUACUGGCCUUCAAGGCGUUAUCGUGGAUCAGAGAGCCCAUAGCACGGCCAAUGAUAAACAUGCGAUUUACAGAACCACGAGGGUCAGUGCUACAAAUUGUGAUGAACCCCAAGGUGCAGCAGUAUAACAAAACUGAGGAUAAGUGGGAGGAAUAUGGGAGUAUAAAAAUCGAUUACGAAGAUUAUGGAACUAUUUUAAAGGAUGAGAAUUUAUUAUUUAUUGGCGGUGGUAAAAGUGAUGCCACACUUAACGUCGUCCGCAGCUGGAAUAUUCGAAAUAAGACAUGGCAAAAUUUACCCGGUAUGAUCCAAGCAAGAAGUUCACACUGCGUUGUCGAAUUAAAUGAUACAAUCUACGCGAUUGGUGGUUUUGAUGGUAAUAAUCCUUUGUCGUCGGUGGAAAGAUAUACGACUUCCGAUGGUUGGAAGUUGGUGAAAAGCUUAAUUGAUACACGAUAUUGCGCCCGUGCAGUGAUAUUAAAUGGUAAAAUUUACAUAAUUGGCGGUUUUAAUGACAACAAGCUAAUAAAAUCCGUCGAAUGCUACAAUCCGGACUCGAAUACUUGGACCUCUUGCGCGGAUAUGAAAAUAUGUCACAAUUCACCUGGUGUAGCAGCACAGGCAGCAGCACAUAAUGGUCAUAUUUAUGUUUUAAGCCGGCGGGGUGCUGAACGGUACGAUCCUCAGCAAGACACAUGGUCACAGAUUUGCUUUUUGGAAGUUGGUCCUGGUAGGAUGACUUGCGUAUCGCUAAACAAUGAACUAUGGGCCAUUGGUGGCAAAUCUAAAUCUACUGACAAGUCAUGUGCAUCAGUCUUUGAUGAAGAAAAUUUCUGCUGGGUAGAAAGGUGGUCAUUACCCGAAAGUGAAGUGCGUAACUGUUUUGUUGUGCCUGAAUCCUUGUUGUCGUCAAUAUGAAUAAAUAAUGAAAUUAUUGUUCCCUUUUUCGAUUUAACAAAUUCUUUUAUAAUAAAUUAUCUUACAAAAAAUAAUAUAAAACUUCACAAUU